AUGGAAGCGAGUACCUUUGAUCAGGAACGACGUCAAGCAAUCCCCUGGAUCCUUUGGACGAUAUGGAAGAACAGGAACAGCUUGUUAUAUGCGGAGACACAAGAAUCGCAAUCCCUGUUGGUUCAGCGAACGCUAGAAGAAGCAUCUUUAUGGAAUGAACUGAACAAGGCGGAGAGUAGAGGAGGGCAGUUGCAGGCUGAUAUGGGCAUACCAAAGCAAUGGAUACCACUAACACAAGGUAUGAUAAAAUGUAACCUUCAUGCUAGCUGGAGAAGUGAUAAACAGUUCAUAGGAGCAGCUUGGAUUACACGAAAUCAUAGAGGAGGUGUGUGUAUGCACGUAAGAGAUGCCCUUGUACCUACCUCGGACAAAUUGGCGGCUGAAAUGGAAUGCUUAUUGUGGGUACUUAGAGGUCUACGGGAUUUGCGAAUGGAGGAGGCCAGUAUUGGUACUGAAUCUCAACAGUUUGCUGUGAUCGAGUUUGAAGUAGAAUCUAAUAAGGUGGCAAGAAAGAUAUCUACAAGUGUUCUCCGAGAUGGAGGACUGCGUUCGUACCUGGCGAUGGGAGGACCGGCGUGGCUUCAUGAUCUCAUCCAGACUGAGGUUAUUGGUUAA